CCGGGCAUAGUUACUGUUCAAACUUUGUCCAAGAUGAGGGCUCUCCUAGGAUCGGCAGUAUUCGCUGCUGUUUUGGUCUCUUGUUUCGCAGCCUGUCGUCCGGGAUUAAAUGGUCUGAACGAUCAUUAUCAGUGCGAAGGACUGAACGAUUUGGCGAACUUGCAGGUACCGGCCACCGCGAAAGGGAUCAGCAUAAUAAACUCGAACAUCAGCAGAAUAAAGACCGAUGCGUUCAAGCAAUACCCCUCGUUGCUGGAAUUGAACAUAACCGAAUGUAAAGUGGAAGAGAUCGAGCCGGACGCCUUCAGAGGCCUGGCCAAUUUGCAAGUGCUCGGCUUGGUCGGCAACCGGAUCCGGAAGAUCGACGCCACGUGGAUCCGGGGAAUGCCGGCUCUGAAGUCGUUGGACCUGUGGCGGAACCGUAUCGUCGCCGUCGACGACGAGUUCUACGAACUGCUGCCGGAGCUGACGGUUUGGGACAUAGCGUACAACGAGCUGAACACGUGUCUGCCGCCGGUGAUGCUGAAGAAACUGACGAAACUGCGGCGGAUCUUGAUCGCCGGGAACCCGUGGAAUUACCGGUGCCGAUCGUCGAUGACCUGGUACUUAGGCAGCAAUCACAUUCGUUUCAUCAAGGACUGGAGCAUCAGCGAUCUGCUGAUCGAGGAAUGCCUCGCUCACGAGCCGGGCGCGGAGGAGGACGACGCCGUUUUGAAUAAAUGCGUGGACCGGAAGGUCGGCUCGUCCGACACUUUGCCGUAUUCCGUGGCCGGUUUGAACGAGCAAGUUCGCGAGCUGAGGAAGAAGGUCGUCGAUCUGGAAGCCGACGUUGCCGCGUUGAAAAAAUCGAAAAAUUAAUCGGGAAAGAUUAAUAAAAGCUCAGAGCUUCGUCUUGAACAAGAGGAAGCUCCAGAAGCUGGCAGAUCAGCUGAAAGUAUGAUUUAAACUCGUUUUUCCCGAAACCACGUUUUUCCUUCUUUUUUAAUUGAUUGCCAUGACAUCUCAAGAUCUAUUCGACCGAUUUCAUCGAACAAGCUCCCAUUAGCUAAAACGCGAAGUUGUCGUUUUAAUUCAUGACAUAACUAAGAAGCUCGAUAGAGCACCCUUCGCGUCUUCGGUACAGUAAUAAAUUCUCCCUAAUCGACGCUCAGUUGUGCACAAAAAUGUACAAUUUGCACAACAAUGUAUAAUUGUUGAUGUGUCGCGCGUAAUUUCGAUGAUUAUCGAGGUAUCGAGGAUGAAACGGUUCUUUCUGUCUUUCCUUUUUUGUGAUUCGAGAAACGAUCUGUCGGUAGUAUCGGCAGAUUUGCGAUCCGCGAGGAAAUAUUUACGUUAAAAUACGCCCGUGGAAAUUUUUGACGUUGUUUAUUUCGUUUACGGAAAAGCGAUUAUUUGCGUUAUUCUCGUUUAUAAAAUAAUCGAGAUCGCAUGACUCUGUUAAUAACAUUGUUAAUAUGCAUUGUUGGGUACAUGGAGUUCGUAUUAUUUUAAAUAUAUGUUUACGAGUAAUAGUGUUCGAGUAUUAUGAAUGAAUGCUAUCCGAGUAUUAUAAUUGAUCAUCUGGUAUUAUGUGAACUAUGUUACACUUGAAAUUUUGUUGGCACACGUUCUUAAAUAUACGAGCCUGCGUAUUUUUUCUUUUUAAAUUUUUUUUUUAUUUUGUUAACAUUUUUAUAAAAUUUGUAGUCAAUUUUCUUUUUUUUAAAAAAAGCUUUGGAAACGAGAAGGAGUCCUUUACGAUAUCCUAACUCUUUAAGUAUUGCGGAACUGUUUGUUCGAAAUUAGAUCCAAGCACAAGUGGCGAAAUUUGGUGCCUUUUGGGUGAAACAUCUCUACGAAGAAAGUUUGAAAGUUUUUUUACUAGUAAAAAAAUUAAAAUUGAUUUCUACUAUAACUAAUUGCAAGAUCGAUGUACAAUGGACAAAUAAAACAGUGAAGAAGUGUUACACGGA